AUGGAGGAGAUCUUCAAGUCAGUCGAAUUGUGCCGAAAGAAUGGUGGUUCUGUGACUGUUGAACACGAGUUGAAAGUACGUUUUUUAGAGUAGCGUAAAGUAGGGCAUUGUAAAGGGUAGAGUUGAAAAAUAUUUUUAUUUUUGAAAAUAAGCCUUAUUUUUGUUUUUACGAUUUUUAAAAUACGUUUUAUGUGUUACAGACUUAAAAAUUAUAUUUCUUUAGGACAAGUACGUUGGAGUAUUGUUUGGCGCUGCUUGGUGUCCGCCAUGUCGUAACUUUACGCCAAUGUUGAAAAAGUUUUACGAGGUUGCAAAGAAGGACUUUGAGGUAGGUUUCAAUAUCAAACAAACUUAAUUAUUUAGCUAUCUUUAUUCUAAAUGCCUUAGGUAAUAAAAAUAUUUUUUUUAAGAAUGUUAUAGAUCGUUAAGUUCAAAAAAUGUUGGUUUUAAAACCAAAAACGUACUUUAAAAAGUAAAAUUUUAGGUUGUUUUUGUAUCUCGAGAUCAUGCAGAAAAUUCGAUGAUGGCUUACUUGAAGGAACAUCAUGGCAAUUGGCUUUACGCCAAGUUUAGAGACAAACAUGCUCAGUAAGUACCAUACUAUGCAGUAGAACUCUUGUAUAACGAAACUCCUUCGCAACGUACACUAAAAACAUUGACUACUUCGUUAUACAGGAUUCUAUCGUACUGAAAAUGUAUUUUUUUUUACAUUACAGUAACUUUUGUUAUCGUUGUAAGCGUUUAAACCAUCUUUUAAAUAAGGUAUUGUUAAUUUUAAAAUUAAAUUUUUUAUGUUCAGUCACCUUCUGAAGAAGUUUUGCACCGCCGGAAUCCCUACAUUGACCGUGCUGAAGCCGGAUGGUACUGUUCUGCUCAAAGACGCAGUAAAAGAAGUUGUCGAUGGAAAAGAGAAUCCUCAACAAACUAUUGACAACUGGAAGAAGAAAUGA